CAGAAUUUCAAAAUCGAAACCCAAGACUCCCCCGAAAUCCCCCGCCACCACACUGCCCAUGGCUUCUCCAGAUCCUCCCACCACCGCCGCUACGCCCGCCGCCACCACUGCUACCACUUCCACGACCACCGCCACCACUGCCAUGACCACGGCCACCAUCCGUUCAUUCUCUACACUCCCACCCCCAGCGGCACCACUAACCGUGGAUCCGAUGGCCAUAGUCCGAUACCCCGUAGGCCAACCCCCCCACCCACUUCCAUACUCCACAAUCAGAGUCCCAAACCCUCAAUUGGCCAAACCCCAUGACCCUCCACAGGGGAUUCUCUACCCGGUCGCCUCCUCCGGGCGCGGCUUCAUCCCCAAACCCCUACGCCCCCAAUCCUCCGAUCACAACACCGUCACAGUUGCCAACCCCGGUGCCGCCUUCCCUCCUCGAUCAGCAGCCACCGCCGCCGCCGCCUUCUCCCACCAGGCUCGCCCUUUUGGGUUUCCCCAGUCGGACCUCAACUACCCUGUGCACUCCAUGAGAAUGCCCCACUUGCUCCCUUCUCACGUAGGUGUGACUGCGGUUCCUGGUUCGGCUCCCAUCAAGGGAAUUCCGGUUUCCGCACACCCCAAGGUUGCUCCAUCUCCACCAUCAGUUUCUGAUUGUAAUGGCUAUAAAGACUCAAGGGAUAGAAAUCGAGAUGAUACUUUUGUGACUGUUAGAGACCGAAAAGUCAGAAUAUCAGAUGGUGCUUCAAUUUAUGCACUUUGUCGAUCUUGGUUAAGGAAUGGUUUUUCUGAAGAAACUCAGCCACAACAUUAUGAUAGUAUGAAGUCUCUUCCAAGACCUUUGCCUAUACCUGUGACAGAUCCCAAUUUGCCGAAGAAAAAGGAGGAUGACGAGGAAGAAGAGGAUGAGGGGUCUGUUGAGAACUUACUUCCACAAGAUCUGUUACAAAGGCAUAUCAAGCGUGCUAAAAAGGUUCGGGCACGAUUAAGGGAACAACGAUUAAAACGAAUUGCAAGAUACAAAACUAGGCUUGCUCUUCUCCUUCCCCCACCUGUAGAACGGUUCAGAAAUGAUACAGGUGCUGGAAACUGACAAACGCCUAACGAUUUCACAUCCUGUGGAUAUUGAGCUCCCUCACGUUAUCAUGCCAAAGCAUGGUGAUGCUCUGAGUUUAUCUGAAAAGGGGGCAGCACUCACAUUUGGUGGGUUAUGAAGUUGCUGUGGAGUUACUGGAUUGGUACACCAACCAGAGGAAAGGACAGACAGAAUGGUUAGUUCUUCCAUGAAUAACUUGACUUCUAAAUCGUUGAAUCUUGGUUUAUGCCAUUGAGAUCUUGUCGUUUACAUAAUUCUGCAACCAUUAAACAGAUGGAGAAUCAUGUUGCCUUUUCUCAUGUAAAGAUCAGAGUAUAGUAAUAGGUUUUGACAAAGGUUGAGUCACGGGGGCUGUCAGUUCUGACUUUGAUGACAAUUCUAGGGUUCCUAUGUACUGAAUUACCACCCAUUUCCCAUUAGAAUCACCGAGUUUCCAUGUAGAGUGCCAUAAAAGUUAUUUGUGGAACAAGUCUUGUCUGAUUUUAAGCUAAAUUCUUACUACGCUA